CACCGGAGAACCAGGUGGUACAACCAGGAAGUAAAACACGCGACUGUGCGGGGAAACAUGGGAGGAGGUGGCAGAAAGUAAACAUGUCGCCGAGACGAUCUUUGUUCGAUGUCAGCGGUCUCCUCUGCGUUUGCAGCGCCUCUAGAUGACGGGGAGCCGGGUUUCCACUCCAGCAUGUUCCACAGAAACCUGCCGAGCGGCGCCUUUCUCCGCAGGUUGGUUCUGCUCCAGGUCCGGCUCCACAAACGGGUCGUUCAGAUGUCUGCGGAGAGGAGCUCCGAGGAAAAGAGGAGCAGCUGGAGCCUGCAGGACAGGGAGGACAGGAGCGCCGCGGCUCCCUGCGACCCGCCGGCGGCCCGGAGGCUGACAGAGGAGGAGAUGAGCAUCCACAGAGUCCACAGGGAGGCGUGUGAGGCAAAGAAGCAGAUGUAUGUGGACCCUUCCAGUGGGUAUAAGGUGUUCACAGAGUAUGCACACCUUCAGAGAGGGAAAUGCUGCGGCAGCGCCUGCAGACAUUGUCCAUAUGGCCAAGUCAACGUGAGGGACCCUGCACUGAAGAAACGCUUUAACUCUCUGUUUUAUGUAUAGCCCUGUAACCAGGCAAAGGUAAAAUGCUAAAUGCCUGUUUGGAAUGGAGCCCAGCUCGCUUGGCUCGUCUCCUGCCUGUCGUUAUUUUGCCUGCAUGUGAGUCUUUUUUUUUUUCUUUCUUUUUUUUUUUUUUUUUUUUGCUGUGUAAUAAAUGAUGAAAUAUGGGUAGUGUCUGUGCAAUGCCUACCUCUUAUGAAUCCCAACUAUUCUCAGGAUUUUUUUCAUUGUCACAAAUGUGAGCAAUGUGCAGAUAGGAUUUGUUCACUGGACCCUUAUGCAAAACAGCCUUUUAUCAGCUUUGUUUAUUUUCUGCAUAUUUUUUCCUCCUCCAAUGUCCACCAGAUCGCCCCGAGCUUUGUUUUUUUCAUGUCUCUUUAAGAGCAUUUAAGAUUUUUGUGGUAUUCCCCUUCCUCAGAUGCAUUUACUAGGGUUGUGGGAGUACGAAGAUGAAAACUGAGAGAGCAUUUUAGAUCUUCGCCCUCAAGAUAAAGGGCAUAUAAGCAAACAUGUCUGCAGAUAGUCAGAUGGAGCUCUUUUUGCUUUUGCAUCUCUCAUUAUCUUCUCUUGCUCCCAAAUGGACAAACUUGCAUGAACAUUAGCAUCAUUGGCACUCCACAAAUGCUUGACUGAGCUGUAUACCUUUGACUGAUGUGCUGUGUUGUUAAAAAUAGGAAGGGGGGGAAAGGGUCAGGCCUCGCACUUGGCUGGGCUGCUUUUGCACCACUUGAUGGAAUCAGGCUGUUAGCAAACAUGCCAUGGACAUCAACAGCAACCCCCCCCCCCCAUUCCCCCCCCCACCGGACGCGCAGCUCAGCCUCCUGGCAACACUUGGCUACAGCGCAGCUCCCCGCGGCUGCUCUCCUGAGCUGCAGCCCUAAUGAACUCCUGGGCCUUCUCAUCCCAGGGCUGCAAUAGAUCAGCUCAUGUUCACCAGCAUGCAGAGACGCACACAUGCAUAGGGAUGCUCCCUCCAUCAGAGCGCCCUGUGGCUCCUAAUAGGCCAAUAUAGAAGAAAGGUUGCGCUUAACGCAGCACUUUGCAGCCCACAGUAAUAGUAGAUGGAGAGGUCAAGCGCUCACGCAGCUCCACCUGUGCGUGCAGGAGGCGUCGGGGAAAGCUGCGCCGCUUGAUUUGUGGAGUGCAUGUGGGAAGGCAGCGCUGUGCCUCCAGGCCCACUCCUCUGUCUCCUCUCUCUCCUCCUCCUCCUCUAAAGCUGCCACACACACCCGCCUGUCUCCGCCUGAUUGGGCAAGCGGCGUGGCGAUGAGGGGAUGUGUCUGCCGCCGCGUCCAGCGGGCGCCGCCUCGGUUUUCGACGCCAGGCGGGUCCCCAAAGGCUGGCUCUUACAGCGGUCUGAGCAAAAGCUCUGCGAGCAGCUACAAGGAGAUUCCUGAUCCCAGCAGCGCCGGGGGAGGACAGGUUGUGUGUGGGGGGGGGGGGGACGCUUCGUCAGGCGGGAUGAGAGGCGAGUUUGUUUGGUGCUCCUGUAAAGCGAGGCAGCGGAGCGUGCGGCGGCUGCAGCGGGACGGUGAAGGUGUCACACUCGUCAACCACAUACCUACCUGGGGCCCGCCUGCCUGCUGCAGCUCCGUGGGGUUUUUUGCCUCGGGACUUGUCUGUCACAUUAAAGUAGAUGCAUUGCCAUUCAGGGUCCCGCAGCCUGACCAUGAAAUAGGCCAACUUUCAUGUCUGCCUCAUCCCCUCCAUGUUCCCAUCCAGCGGUGGCACGGCUUGCAUCCCCCCCCAUCAUGCUCUAACUAAGCAGUUGGUGACGGCGACACAACAGCAGGAGCCAUCCCUCUUCCCAAAAUAUCCCGGGGAGUCUUAUUAAUUCGCGCCUACCACUAAACUCAGGGCGUGCUAGGAGGUUUAAGCCUUAUUUGGUGCAUUUGAAUCAUUAUCUUUGUUAUUUUUCUGCCACUAUUAUGAGCGCACAGUUUUAUAGAAUCUUCUUUUUAAGUGUAAAUUAGAUUUGUAUACUUCAAAUAAAGCUAUUUUGAUGUAUUGAC